GCUUUUCCCAUCUGCCUAACGGGCUCUACCCGUCGUACAUUCCCCUGAGCCACCUCGAGCCCCCCAGCGCCGGCAGUCCUCUCCUGGCCCAGCUGGGUCAGCACAGCCUCUUCGAGUCACAAAAAGAUGGGUUCUACCUGUCCGGCCAUGCGGGCCAGUCUGCUUUGCACCCGCAGCCUCCUCUGUCGAGGACCGCGGGCAACCACACGCCGAGCACUCUGCUCCGGGAGAAGGACCUUGGGCAGCUGCACAAGAGCUCGAAAGAAGGCCUGAAAGACCCUGGCGCGAAGGAGCGGACAUGCCGGGGCGAUCUGUCCCUGCCCUUUGCCAAGAAGGAGGGCAAGCCGAAGGAGGAGCCCCGGCCCCGCAGCGUGGUAGACCUCACGCAGGACACCAAGCCCGACAGCGACCGGAAAGUGAGCGUGGUGGAGAAGGCGGUGAAGGUCGGCGAGCGUCUCUCGCCGUUCCUGGCUGAGCACAUGCCAAAUCGGGGCACGAGUGGUGGGGAACCCAAGUCCAAGAACCCGCUGCAGAGCUCUUCCCUCAGCAACUGCAACGGCGGCGGGGACCCAAUGCUGAAGGUCCUGGGUGCCGAGCAGGACCGCUGUGCCAAGGAUCCCGCUCGGCACGAUGAGAACAUGAGGCCUUCUGCGCACGCCCAUGCUGAGCGGCUGAAGCGGGGGGAGCCCCUCCUGCCCUCCGUGGGUGCUUUGCACGUCUCCUGCAGCUGCCCGUCCCCGCACCCCUCGCAGCCGGGGAAGAUGACGCCGGCCACGACAUUCCCUCCGCAGCCCGUCCAUUCCAGCAUGUACACCAUCUUCCCGCCGGCCAAGGAGCUGGGGAGGGAGCACAAAGUCAUCGCCCCCACCUUUGUGCCUUCGGUCGAAGCCUACGACGAGAGGAGCGGGCCCAUCCAAAUCGCCUCGCAGGCCCGCGACAACAAGGCAAAAGACAAGGACCUCGGCAAGGUGGGGGUGCUGCAGUCACCCACGGAGCGGUGCCUCGCGGACGCCUCCCGCACGCUCUUGUCCCAGGACUUUUCUUGCCACAGCGAUGCCAAAAGGAUGGAGGCUCUGAGGGAGAAGGGCUCGGUGAUCAGGGCGAACUCCAUGGCGCUGAAGAGACAGGUCGCUUCGGAGCCCUUCCUCAAUCGACCGGGGCUGGGCUCUCCGGAGAGCAGGGAGUUCCUGGCUUCCAAGGACUUGCUGAAGCCGAGCCCGGAGGCAGAGCAUCGCCCCUGCGAGCGGGACCGCUUCCAGCGAUCCAGCUCCAAAGAAGCGGCGAAGGUCUAUGGCACUUUGGACUCCUCCCGGCAGCACCUGGACCACAGUCAGCUGAAACCGCCUGAGCAGAAGUGGAAGCCCUUUGAGAUGGGCAACUUUGCCACCACGCAGAUGGCAGUGCUGGCCGCGCAGCACAACCACGUCACCCGGGCGGAGGAGGAAGCCAAGAAGGUCUACCUUGACCCCAGUGGCUUGCCACGGUCCUCGGUGGUGGGCUCACGGGGUGCUGCGGAUGUCCUCCACCCCGCCUCCCACGGUGAAGGGUCGGCCAUGCAGAGCCUUAUCAAGUACAGCGGCAGCUUUGCCAAGGAGACUGCGUCCCGGCAGAGCUGCGGCAAGAAGAGCCCCUUUGGCGGCUUGGGCAACAUGAAGUUGGACUCUUCGCAGUUGGGUGCCUCCAAAGUGCAGCAGCUGCUGUCGCAGCAGCCAGCGAAGCAGCUGAAGAGGGACCCUGAGAGACCCGAGAGUGCCAAAUCCUUUGGCCGUGAGAGCAUCGGCUCCCAGGGCGAGGUCGAGGUGAGGCAUUUGCCUGUCGGCAUCGCCGUGGCCGUGGCCCGGCAGAAGGACAACGUCAGCAGCAGCAGCAGCAUCUAACUGGGGCCCAGCUUGGCGGAUCGGGAUCGCUCGCUGUCUCUCAGCAGCAUCAAAGGGCACGGACGCUCGGAAGACGAUUGCGGGGAUGAGAGGAGCCGCCACCGGGACAGCCACCUCCUGGCAGGGCGCUUGGAGCGGGAUCAGGAGAAGCUGCUCAGAGAGAGCAAGGAGCUGGCAGAUUUUGCCCGGAUACACCCCUCCGGCUGUGCCACGAACGGUUUGAACUCCAACCUCAUGGUGACGGGAGGCCCAACCUUGACAGGCUCUGGGCGCUGGUCUGCAGACCCGGCUUCGCACUUGGCAGCCCACCCCUGGCUCCCCAGGACGGGGAGCCCCUCCAUGUGGCUGGCCGGCCAUCCCUACGGACUCGGUCACCCUUCCCUGCACCAGGGCAUGACUCCAGGCUUCCCCCCUGCCAUGGGGGGAGCUCUCCCUUCUGCCUACCAGUUUGCCAGAGACCCGCAGUCGGGGCAGCUUGUUGUGAUCCCCAGUGAGCACUUGCCACACUUCGCGGAGCUGAUGGACCGGGCACCCCCACUGUGGCCCGCUAUGUACCCCCCGACCAGGAGCUCCCUCCAGCACGCUCACCAGCUCCAGCUCCUCUCCCAUCAGCAGCUGCUGCGGCAGCACGAGCUGUACAUUCUGCAGCAGCAAGCAGCUCACGCCAUGGAGCUACAGAGGAGUGCCCAGCUUGUGGAGAGGUUGAAGGCGAACGAGCAGCGUGCAGAUAUGGAAGAGAAGGUGACGAAACGGAGCCUGGACAGUGCCAAAUCAGGCCUUUCCUCCUCUGCCCCGGGAUUGGUGCACCGAAAACCACCCGUGCUGUCUCCCAGCGCCUCCACAUCCUACAGCAAGGCUGUGAGUCCACCUCCCCUCUCUCCCAGGGCCUCACCCGUGUCUGUGCUCAAAGCUGAGGUGAUCCAAAAGAUGGAGGAGCCACCUUCGCAGCCAGCCUACUCCUACCCCGCCACCCCCAGCUCCCAUCCUUCCAGCCCGCCCCCCGCCUCUCCACCCCCUGCCCCUGCCAUCCCUCCAAAGGAAGAGGCGCCCGAGACCGUGGAGAAGAAAGACCUGGAGCUGGAAAAAGAGGCUGCUGGUCCGUAUCAGGCCUUGUUCCCAGAGAUCCCCCCAGGAUAUCCAUUCCAGUCCCUGCCUCCCUCCUUUGGAAGACAUUAUCCCUACCUCCUCCAGCCCACCGCAGCAUCUGAUGCGGAUGGCCUGGCUCCUGACGUCCCAUUGCCUGCUGAAGGCUCUGAGCACAUGGAGCUUUCCCCAGAGGUCAAGCCCAUCCACCUGUCUCCGUCCAAAAUGCUAGAGCCCAUCCAAGCAGCAGCAGAAGAGGAGUCCUUGGAAGACAGGGUGAAAUCAGAGGUGCAGAUGGAGGAAAGCCAAGAAGGCAUCUGUGAGCAGGACAUGGGGACUCUGAACAUCACCACCUCUGCAGCCGUCCCAGUACAGAAUGUGGACAAUUGCAAUCUCCUGUUGCAUCAAGGUGAAGCUCUGGGUGCUAUGGAGCAAGACCAGGAAGACCUCCAGAGCUGCCCACCUCCUUACCAGGUUGUGGCCUGCCCUGCAGAAGCAGAGGCUCAGGCAGAGACUGGGAGUGGAGCAGAAACCUGCUCUGUGCACAUGGACUACGACGGUUCGCUUGUGCACACGGAAAACGAGCCGCCCGAGAUGGACUUGACGCCCCAGCGGGAGGAGGCCUCUGUAGCCAUGGAUCUGCAGAGCACUGAUGUGCCCCGGGGGAGGGAGUUUCCCAGCCUGCCCCCUGAGGAGGGGGAGCAGGGGCCAGAGAUCCCUUCCUACACAGAAGAGGCAGUCUCUUGCCAAAUCCCAGCUCUGGACAUCAAGCCGGGUGACCCGCUGGCUGGAAUGAACGCUUUGGUGGCUGCCACAGAAAUGCCUCAGGCUUGUUCCUUGUUGACUACCACCAGCGUCACUCCAUCCCAGAUGAAGGUGGAGGUGUUACCUGAUCAGGCCUUGGAGCACUCCUUCCUGCAAGGGAUCACUUUGCUGAGUGAAAUUGCAGAGAUGGAGCUGGAGAAAAGGAAGCAAGAAAUACAAACAGGUCCAGAGAGUUUCCCUGUCCGGCCAACGCUGGAGAGUUUGCUGGCUGCCAGCACCCACAUGCUCAUGGAAGUACUUUCCACCCCCUUUAUGGAAAGUCUGAAAACCAUCCGGCUGCCUCGAGAGCUGAAUCCCAACAAAAAGUACAGCUGGAUGCAGAAGAAAGAUGAACCCAUGUACUCCAUCAAAUCAGCCAUCGAGAACAUGGAUGCAAUGGAGCUGGACUACAGAAUGAGGCUGGCAGAGCUGCAGCGCCGGUACAAGGAGAAGCAGCGGGAGCUGGUGAAGCUGCAGCGCCGCAGGGACUCUGAGGAAAAGCAUGACGAGAAAAGUAGAAGCUUGGCGAGAAGAGGCCCUGGAAGGCCCAGGAAGAGGAAACUUGGAUCAAGCGCUCUGUCACCCAUUAAGGAGAGAGGGAAGAGUGACAGCAAGAGUGGAAAACUGAGCAAGUCCUUGUUGCUCUCCGAAGACUCUGAGACUGGUGAGGGCAUGAAGAAGAGGCACAAAGGGGCCCUCCCGGAGGAGGACGAGGAUUUGGAGAGCGGCAGUGGCAAGAUGAAAGGGAGGAACCAGAGCUGGGAAGAGCACGAUGCGGCUCCCAGCUUCUCAAAUGAGUUAAAGCUCAAGAAGAAGAAAGUACCGUCGGAUCAAGAGCAGCUGGCCAGCAAGCUUGACAAGGCCCUGUCGCUCACCAAACAAGACAAGCUCAAAUCCCCCUUCAAGUUUGCCGACAGCACUGGGGGAAAGCAGAAAACUAGUGGAGGUGGCAGCAGGUACCUCCCACCCCAUGAGGCUCUGCCGAGCAAGGAGGAGAAGAAGAGCCUGGCCAAGAACCUGGGCCUGUCACUGAAAACCACCAAGGAAGGUAAAAACAAAGUGGCUGCCAAAAUGAAGAAGAUGGAGGUGGGGUUAAAAGUCAAAAAUCAGCUCAAGGUUUCCCAUUCACCAGCAAUAUCUGAAGUUAGCAGCUACUCCUAUAGUAAGUAA